AUUCACAGCCAAACACUUGACAGUUGCUUAGUCUGGCAAUACCGCCCUGUGUUAUAACAUUCGUCUCGCUGCCAACUUCACGCAGGACUUCAACAGCUCACAGGAUGAUGAUGCAACGUACUACGCUUUUGCUGCCAAUGGCUGUUGAAGCCACCAAUGUUGCCCAACAGCAACGUGGUAUGGCCACAUUGAAGCAUAUUUCCAUGCGCCUCAAAUCCGUAAAGAACAUCCAAAAAAUUACGCAAUCAAUGAAAAUGGUGUCCGCGGCCAAGUACUCCCGUGCCGAGCGUGAUUUAAAGGCAGCGCGUCCCUAUGGCAUUGGUGCUCAACAAUUCUUUGAUAAGACCGAAGUGCAGGCUGAUGGAGCUGUCGAGCCCAAGAAGCUGCUUAUUGCCGUAACUUCGGAUCGUGGCCUCUGCGGUGCCGUGCAUACCGGUGUUGCACGUCUCAUCCGUGGCGAGCUGCAGAAGGAUGAUUCUAACACCAUGGUGUUCUGCGUUGGCGACAAGUCGCGUGCCAUUCUGUCCCGUUUGUACGGUAAGAACAUCCUGAUGGUGGCCAACGAAGUGGGCCGUCUGCCACCUACUUUCCUGGAUGCAUCCAAGAUUGCGCAUGAGGUAUUGUCGACCGGGUACGAUUAUACCGAGGGCAAGAUCGUGUACAACCAGUUCAAGUCUGUUGUCUCGUACAAGUGCUCCACGUUGCCCAUCUACAGUGGCCCCACUGUGGAGAAGUCGGAGAAGUUGGCCGUUUACGAUUCGCUCGACAGCGAUGUCAUCAAGAGCUAUCUGGAGUUCUCUCUGGCCUCGCUCAUCUUCUACACCAUGAAGGAGGGCGCUUGCUCUGAGCAAUCGUCCCGUAUGACUGCCAUGGACAAUGCCUCGAAGAACGCCGGUGAAAUGAUUGAGAAGCUGACCCUCACAUUCAACCGCACCCGACAGGCUGUCAUCACUCGCGAGUUGAUUGAAAUCAUCUCUGGUGCCGCUGCCCUGACAUAAGAAGUGUACUCGUAACACACUCCAGUUUGAGCCGCAGCUUUAGCUUGAACGAUUUCAUCAAACCUAAUUCAAACAUUACGAAGAUUCGAAAACGCCAUUGCUGCGUGUUAAAUGAUAUAAAACUUAUAAUUAUCUGAGAUAAAAACCAGAAUAAAUAGCGUGGAACGAAAAAAUCGAA